AUGGCUUCCAAUUUCAAGGCAAGAAAGAAUUGUGAAGAUCUAGUGCGACAAGAACAAUCUAUUCAAUUUGCACUUGUGAGGCAAGAUUCUCAAUUUAAGCAUGAGUAUUGGCUCCGCUUAACUACUUCAGUUGAUGUUGUAAGGCUUCUUUUGAAUCAGGGAUUGGCAUUUCAGGGUCAUAAUGAAUCUAAAUCAUCACUUAACAAAGGUAAUUUUCUUGAAAUUCUUUCAUGGUAUUCUGAAAGAUGUGAUAACAUUAAAGAUUUUGCUAUCAUAGAAGAAUUAAAUGGUGAUUACUUUGCCUUGUUGGUUGAUGAAUCUUUUGAUGUAUCGCGCAAGGAGCAAAUGAAUGGAUUUGUGAUGGAGCGACUUAUCGACAUUAUUCAUGUUCAAGAUACUUGUGCAUCAUCUCUAAAAGAAGCAAUUGUUAAUUUACUUGCUCAACAUUCCUUGAGUCUUUCUUAUGUACGUGGACAAUGUUAUGAUGGGGCAAGUAAUAUGCAAGCUUCUUUUAAACGCAUGGAUGAAUAUCGAGAAUCUCAAAAGAAAAGAGUUCAAGAGGCGUUAGAUAUGGGUGAACUUGAAACUGGUAGAGGCUUGCAUCAAGAAUUUGGUCUUACUAGAGCUUGUGAUACUCGUUGGGGAUCCCACUACAAAUCUUUUAGUAACUUUAUUCUUAUGUUUGAUUCAAUUGUUGAUGUACUUAAUGAUAUUAUUGUUGAUUCACAUUGUCCAGAUGAAAGUGCCAAGAAAAAAGAGCAAGAUAUCGUAAAUGCCAUGCUACUUGUUCAAGUAGCAAAGAAAAGGUUGCAAAAGUUAAGAGAGGAAGAAUGGGGUUCACUUAUUAAUAAACUUUCUUAUCGUUUUGAUGAAGUAACGACUGAUUUGCUUCAUGGAAUUGCUUGUUUAAAUCCAAUUGACUCAUUUUCUAGUUUUGAUCUCAGGAAAAUAAUGAGAAUGGCUAAACAUUAUCCUGAUGAAUUUGAUGAAUUUAGUAUGGGGGUUCUUGAGAAUCAACUUGCGAGUUACAUUAUUGAUGUUCGUGAUCUUGAUGAAAGGUUCUCCAAUCUAAAAGGACUUUGUGAUCUUUCAAAAAGAUUAGUUCAGACAAAGAAGCAUUCAAACUACCCUCUUGUAUUCCUCUUAGUGAAACUUGCCUUGCUCUUGCUAGUUGCCACUGCAUCCGUUGAAAGAACUUUUUCGGCAAUGAAGUUUAUCAAGAAUGACUUGCGGAGUCGAAUAAGUGAGAGUUAUUUUAGUGGUUGCUUGGUGCCUUAUGUAGAAAAAGAUGUGUUUAAUAGGAUCUCUAAUGAUGUUAUUACAAAAACAUUUCAAGGAAUGAAACAUCGUCGUGUACAGUUGUAG